GUCCAUUUGGCGUGCGUCUCAACGACACAACCGGCCUUUCGGAGAUUCCGCUUGAUCGUGUCAACACUGCUCCGCUGAGAGAGAUACAGGAGUCGAACAAGCUUGUACUGUUAACCAACACCCCUACUGGACUGCCAAGUCUGGCUGAAGCCAUGGACCCGUCCAACUUUCCCUUUGUUGAGUCGGCUAGGAUGGCAAAGCCCAUGAACUGGGGCAUUAUAAAGCUGAAGAACAUUCCGUUCGCCACGACUCGCGCUGAAGUCAUUGCCUUUCUCGGCCGCAACUCCAAAAUCUUGAAUGACUCUGACGAGGGCGUGCACAUCAUUAUGGACAAGGUGACCAGCAAGACGAUGGACGCCUACGUCGAGUUUGUCUCGCUUGAAGAUGCCAUGAGAGCUGUGGAGCGACACCGUCUUAAUGUCGCCUCCGGUCGAUUUGCCCGUCUGGGCGAUCGCGCCAUCGACGUGGAGGUGACUUCUCAGGGCCACCUCAUGAAGGAUCUCUUCCCCAUUGCACGUGGCGUCUUUUGGUAUGGCGCAGUCCCCGAGAUCCUCCCCUACAAGCAUAACGAGCCGUGGGACAAUUUUAAAGGCUUCAUCUCGGAGGAAGAGAUGGUCAUGCUUGUCAAACACGUCGAGGUACCUCAUCGAUCGCCUUUCUCUCGAGACUGCCCGCAGCGCCCCUACGAGUGCAUGAUCAGCACCAUCAAGAAGUUUCCCUGGUUUCGCACGGAUUGCAUCACGAUCAAGGAAAGAGAGGCCAUCUACCAGGCUACGCUUUCGCUUAUCCGCCAGCUCACUCGAAGCAUCCUCUUCCAGGAGGAUACUAGCCACCUGACGCCUCUCCUCCUGCGUCGCCUUGUUUCAGUGGCCAUGUUUUGCCCUGCAUUUACACCAUGCAUGAAGGAUGGCAUUGCUUGGAUGACCAACAUGCAGGCGCUGGACAUGGAAUACUACCAGCUGCCGCGCUUCUCGAACAGCUGGCGCCACCAGUAUGCCAUUGGCCCCAAGCCUGGCUUCCCUCUUGACCUUGUUGAGUGGUACGUGGCAGUGAUUCGUGAGCAAUCUAGCCGGGAUAUUCUGUCCCUGCCCCUCAGAGAGCGCGCUGAGCUCCAGCAUCAGGCCGAACAGACAGACAUGUACUGGGGAUACUUUUGGUCAGAGGUCGGAUAUGUCAUGGGGCCCCAGUUUGACGAUUUGACCUUGGCCGAGGCGGCUAAGCUGGAGUUUGCGGCCAUCGAACGCAUCCUCACUCGCGCCUUUACUCAAAAUUAGAGGGUCGAUUUGUUUGCCUUGCCGUCGGAGGGAUAUUCAAGUCUCAAGGAAUGCUUGCUAUUUCCUUUCUUUUCUCCCUAUUUACCAACGGCAUUUCUCGGUUGGGUUAUAUUUUCACGUGUCGAUAUGGGGCGUAGCUACUGUUUACGUUGCUCGAAGCUGCAACUAUUAUUCAUUAAUAGGGAGGCAUUAUGUACUCUGACUUCGUAAAUAUACUUUUGCAACGG